AAAAAGGUCUCGGGCUUGGACAUGGACUUGGAGGAGGUAAACAAAAAACAACGUGGUCUGAGUAACGUUGCAAUGCUUGGGUGAGAGGAAGAAAGUCAUCGAAUAAGAAGAAGAAACUCGAGGCCCAGCAUCAGGAGUGAAUACUGAGUGGCUGAGGAGUGAGGUUUGACCUAAGGGAGUAAGUUCUUACAAGGCUGUAGUCACUGCCAAACGUGGUGCUACCUCUGGACCAAGACCAAGGCCCUCACUGGUGGCCCCACACUUACCAUGACGGCUCCCCCUGACAGAUUUUGAUACAAACUGCAAUGUGUUAUUAGUUGAUGUAUAUGACCAUCAAACGAGGCAACAUCCUUCCAUUCCACAUUGAUAUCAUUGAUGCUGCUUAGGCCUACAGCUUCAUAUAACCUGCUGAUUUGUUAAUACAGUAUGAAUUCGUAUGAUAUAUUCAAGAAACUAACCAAAGGGAUCAAGUUUGACCAGAGACGAUUUAAGGAUGACUUCAAGAAAUUGGGGCUUCAGCAGUCAGCCUCAGGAGCAUUGGAUAAACCUGUCGUUCCCUUGGCUGAACAGGAGCACGAGCCCAACACAGAAGGAAAAGAAGAGAAGGCAAAAUCAAAAAAGAAAAAGAAGACUCUUAAUGACAAACAGAAGCAGUUAAAGCUACAACAAGAACAGAUAAGGCAUCGGCGGCGUCAGCUGGGCAUCCAGGUGUGGGGAGCAGAUGUGCCGCCACCAGUGGAAAAAUUCUCCGAGCUUGUCACUGAUCAUGAAGUAAACAACAAGUUGGUGGCCAAUAUUGAGUCCCAGGGGCACACACUCCCCACCCCGGUGCAGGCCCAGGCCUGGCCACUCAUGCUGCAGCGCCGCCACAUCCUCGCCUCUGCCCCCACUGGUUCAGGCAAGACCGCAGCAUUUUUGAUCCCAUUGCUGCAUGGGCUCGGUGGUCCAAAGAAAAAAGGCUUCAGGGCAGUGAUACUGUCCCCCACCCGGGAACUGGCAUCUCAAAUCCACAGGGAGUGUGUGAGGCUUGGUGAGGGGCUAGGCAUCCGGGCAGUCACCAUUGCCAAUGUUACCAAAGCCAAGCAGAAGUAUGGCCCACAGUCUUCACAAAAGUUUGAUUUGCUUGUGACAACUCCCAACCGCCUUGUCUACAUGUUGCAGGAGAAUGCCGACGGUCCACCACUCUCCUUGGCCAAUGUUGAAUGGCUUGUGGUUGACGAGAGUGACCGGCUCUUUGAGGACGGGCAGCGGGGUUUCCGAGACCAGCUGGCAACUAUUUACCGGGCCUGCACGGGUCCCUCAGUCACCCAGGCCUUGUUUUCAGCCACCUUUGCCCAAUCUGUGCAAGACUGGUGCCGUCUCAAUCUCCAUAACCUGGCCACGGUGACAGUUGGUCUCAGAAACACUGCAUCUGAGGAUGUAAAGCAACACCUUCAGUUCUGUGGCAGUGAAGAAGGCAAGCUGCAUGCACUGAGGGAGAUUUUUAGAAAGGGAUAUGAGCCACCAGUGCUAAUAUUUGUCCAGACUAAGGAGCGAGCAAAGGAAUUGUUCCGGGAACUGAUCUAUGACAACAUCACCGUGGACGCUAUCCACGCUGACCGCACUCAAAAGCAGCGGGAUAAUGUGGUAGCUGCUUUCCGCGAGGGAAAGAUUUGGGUGUUGAUUUGCACUGAGCUAAUGUCACGAGGUGUGGACUUCAAAGGUGUCAAUCUGGUCAUCAAUUAUGACUUCCCUCCCUCGGCUGUGAGCUACAUCCAUCGCGUUGGCAGAACAGGACGAGCUGGACGUCAGGGUCAGUCUGUGACAUUUUGGACAAUGGAGGAUCGUCCCAGACUGAGGAGUAUUGCUCACGUGGUGCAGAGCUCUGGCUGUGAGGUCCCUCAAUGGAUGCUCGAGCUGAAGAAGCCAAGCAAAAAUGAGAAACGACGGCUGACCACACAGCAGCCUCAGCGUGGCCACGUGUCCCAUGCUGUCCAACAUGAAAAGGUUGCAAAGCGCAGGAGGAAACAAAUGUUGGAGAAGAGAAAGAAGAUGAAGACUGAGAGCAGCGAGGCAGCAUAGACUUUUAUUUCACAAAGUACAACCUUAAAGUGAAAUAUAAUAUAAUCUUACUCCUAUGUCUCAGAUGAAUACUUUAUAAAAAAUAUAUGAACUUAAA